UCAGUGUUUCGUCAUCACCGGGUCAUGUAGCUAGCUGCUAGCUGCUAACAACACAUCGCAUCAGUCCGGUGAGUUGCUUUAUUAAACGUGUUGCGUCACACAUUGAUCGGAUUCCUACGUCACUCAUGUGAAGCUGCGGAUGGAAGUGGUUGUUAGAUGGAGGGGGGGGCCGGGGACUCGGUGGCGGACUACCUGGCUCAGAACCCGGAUCUGGCCCGGUGGGUGGAGACUCUCAGGACGUACUGUGAGAGCAACAAGCAGUGGCUGGCCCGGAGGGAGUUCCUCCUGAGGAACAUGGAGAACAUGGAGGCCUUCCCCACGCUGGAGCCCGGGCGGCCCAGCAGGUCCCUGGACCGCCUGCUCUCUCUCUCCACCGUCUGGGCCAACCACGUCUUCCUGGGCUGCAGUUAUCCACCAGCUGUGAUGGAGAAGAUCCAGGAGAUGGGCGAGGGGAUCGUGGUAGAAGAUCCUCCAGUUCGCAGGAGCACCAAGGAGCAGUCCAGAGGGAGGAGAAGUGAGAGCGACGCUGACGGCUGCGGGAAAAGAUCCAAAUGUGGAACUAAUGAUCUGGACAGCCGAGGCGCGGCGUGGCCGGUGAGUCAGAAAGCAGGACCCGCCCCCCACGCUCCAGCCGAGCACCAGCCCUUCUUCAACCGCCUCUACAAGGCCGUGGCGUGGAAGCUGGUGUCGGCGGGGGGGUUCGGCCCCAACCAGGACCAUUUUGAGAUCCUUCAGAGCUGCGUGGAGUCGUGUAAAGAGACCGUGACCUGCGUGUUCGUGCCGCUGAAGGACAUCGCGGGCCUCCCGGCCGCUCAGACGCAGAAGGAAGGCCACGUGUGUGAGGUCCGCUGUCAGUCCGUCUACAUGGGGACCGGAUACGGGCGCGACGAGGCCGCCGCCAAGGCCAUGGCCUCCAAAGAAGCUCUGAAGGUCUUCCAGGGACGCAAAGUGACAGUGAAGAUCUGCAGGCGCAGGUACAAAGGGAAAGACGUGGAGGAUCUGAUGCUGUUUGACGAGCAGCCUCGAGGUCAGGUGUUCCCUCCGGCGCUCAGCUACCCGUUUGACGAGCAGCAGCUGGACGCAGCGUCGUCAUAGAGACAGAGACAGACCAACCUCUGCUGUGACCCCAGCUGGAGAGUUCACCCGUGGCGUUUCUCUCCUGAAGCCACUGAAGGAUUUCACCUUGUGUUGGGACCAGACUGUUCCACAGAGAAAGGACCAGAGCUUCAACGAUCACACUUUACUGUGGUUUCAAUAUACUUUGACAAACAAUAAAACUUUUGAAUCCACAAAGAACAAUCUGACACUGACUUCAUUUCAACCUCUUUGAGUUGGAUGAGGUUUCACUGACUGUGGAACAGCGUGUGUGCCAUCAUGAGAAAAGCUGCCACUUUCCACCUUAAUAUCACAGGAGAACAUGUUGCAUUACAUGGAUAUGAUUUCUGUCCCAGUGCUUCUAGAAUGACAGUACCUUGUAUAAGAAGUAGCAUGUGGACAGUAUGUAUAUAUAAAUCUAUAUUUCAUUCAUUUAUUGGUUCUGAGGAUUUCGUGAUUGAACCGACAGUGAGUUUUUUUUUAUUCUCCAAACUGUUGUUGAUAGAUUCAGUUUGUUCAGAUUUCCUCCGCUCGCUCAGGGGAACGGAGAAAACUCCCGUUAACAAAUAACUAUUUUUAAUCCACGGUUCAGAUUCUGGCAUCAGGAUACAAAAUAACACGUUUUUGAUUUUCUUUAGGGCAGAGCUGGACUGUGAAGAUAAGAAUCAGAAGUUGAAAUAAAGUGAUUGAAAGGAGUUCAGGGUUUUUUUUUCUCUAAAUCGUGGCCAACUACAGUUCCCAUCAUGCUUUGUGCUUUUAUUGAAAUUCAUGUAUGAUUUCACAAAGAAACAGCCACUGUGUUUAAAGAGAAGGAUCCCAGUGGAUCCAGCCUGUACAGUUGUGAAGUGUGUGGAGAUCAAGUGCUGCUGUGAUGACUUUGUUCUUCAGUUCCUGUCCUGGUUUUAAUGAAGUGUGAAGUAUCGACACUGUUUCUGUGUGUUUACACCAAUGCUCCUGUUUCUAUAUGUUUUUUAAAUAAACAUAAUUAAA